AUGGAAUACGCAGACCAGACCAAUUAUCCUUCGAACCCUUUCUAUCUACAUCUAGGACAAAAUCUUGGUCUCACUCUCAUUUCUCAGGUCCUUAAUGAGACCAAUUAUGCUUCUUGGAGUAGAAACAUGAGAAGAGCUCUACUCUCCAAGAACAAGAUUGGAGAGAGUGUUAGAUAUGUGGAGGAUGCCAAAGAGUUAUGGGAAGAACUUAAAGAAAGGUUUUCUAAAGGGGACUACUUCAAGAUUUCUGAUUUGCUUCAAGAGAUACACUCCAUCAAGCAGGAAGAAAUAACAGUUAGUCAAUUUUUCACUGAUAUAAAAAUCUUGUGGGAAGAAUUGGAGUCUCUUAGACCCAUACCUUGCUGCACAUGUAAAGUUCCUUGCAGUUGUGAUUUGUCCAAGAUUUUUCAAAAAUACAGAGAAAUGGAGCAUGUUGUUUGCUUCUUGAAAGGAUUGAAUGAAUGCUACAAUACUGUGAGAACACAAAUUUUGCUAAUGGAACCUCUUCCUAGUAUUAACUGUGUUUUCUCCCUCAUCAUACAACAAGAAAGGCAUGAUUCUGGAGUCAAUAGCCAGAAUACUAAGAUUAAGGUCCUUGCCAACACUACUGACAAGCAAAACCAGUGGAGAAAUUAUCAAAGUUGGAAACCUAAUGGACGUGGAAAUGGACCUCGCAAUCAAGGAAGAGGAAAGAAUCCAAACUAUGAGAAACAAUGUUCCUACUGCCAUAAGAUGAACCACACAGUGGAUGAGUGUUACUCCAAGCAUGGAUAUCCACCUUGGUACAAAAAGGGGGAUAACAACAGCCAAGAAAAAGGAGGAUAG